UCAGCAUCUCCAUGGCGAGGAUGUCGUCUCUAACCUUUGCGUUAUGCGUCCUGGUCUGCGUUCUACCGUUGGGGCAGACCAGGUUCAUCCAUCCUUUUCAGUUCAUUUCUGGUCUGUCUGUCCAGCAAAAGACAAACAUGUGUGAGGAGUGUACCAAGAUCAUCGAGCUGUUUAGUGACAUGAUCUCUCAUGAAGACACACAGGACCUGAUUAAGGGAACACUGAGGGAGCUGUGUCUGCGUUUGCCCGGGGGGGAAGCUGAGAGUCAGUGUAUCGAUGAGAUCGACAAGUAUCUGCCACUGGUCGUAAAACAUUUCACAGAUUUUACACGGCACAGGGAGGGUGAUAUCUGCGUGGUGAUUGGACUGUGCUCUGUCCACUCAAAGAGCAGAGAGACCAUUCAGUUGGCUGAGACAGGUGUCAUUCGGGCUGAGACUAUAAGAGGCACUAGUCUUCAGGCGCAGAUCACCCCUCAGUGUACCUUUUGCCUUUUUAUCAUCAAGGAACUGGAGAGCCUGUUGCCAAAGGAGAGAACUGAAGAAACUGUGGUGCGGCUCCUGGAAAAGAUCUGUAGUCUCUUGCCCAAACAUUUCUUGGACCAGUGUAACAACUUCAUGGAGAAAUAUGGCAAACAGAUUGUUGAUUUCUUGCUGUCAUCUGCCACCCCACACACCAUAUGCGCUGUGCUACACCUCUGUCUGGUUGAGGAAACGCCCAUCACAGAGAUCCGUCAACCCUCAGCCUGUGAUUCCUGUAAAAUCCUGGCAGUUCUGACCCAGUUCCACCUCGGCCAGAACGCAACUGAGCUCCAGAACUCUUCUUUCCUCAAGAAGUUAUGCACGCUGCACCCAAAUGCCAUUCCUGAGUGUGAAGUCUUCACUCGUUACUAUGGUCCCAGGCUGUUGGGGAUUCUUGGAAAGCAGAAAGAUGCCAUUAAUGCAUGUGAGGAGGACCUUCUCUGUCAGGUGUACAACUGAAAGACGUCCUGGAUCUACCAGCUGAAUGUUUCUACCUGUUAAUCUGUGAUGCACUCAGUUAUAUCAGUGGACACCAGGUCACUGAUCUAAGAACAGCAGGCUACUGAUUUCGAUGCACUGACCACUUCCUGCUGGAGAAUGAUUAUAAUGUCUCAUGUGUGUAAAAUCAUUUUAAGUCUUUGCUUUCUGUUAUUGUUAAAUAUGGACCAGAUCACUUCAAAGAGACAUCAAAAUGGUACAGGUGCUUGGCAAACAAUUUUCAUUUGUAUAGCUUUGUUAUAAUUCCUGCUUGAAGAAUAUCUCAUAUUUCAGGUCUGCGCUGUAAAUUCUAAUGACAAAUGCAUAAUUUUGAAGUUCCUCUUCCCUGUAUUCCUCAUUAGUGAUAAGUUGCUCAGGGCUACUAAUACAUGUUUACUGGGAUGAACAGAA